UUCACACUACACAACAUGGCAUCUUUAGCUGCUGAAGCCUCUUCUUUCUCCAUUCCUCCUCCACCAAGAUCAUGGACCUAUCACGUGUUCUUGAGUUUCAGGGGUGAAGACACUCGCACAGGCUUCGCUGAUCAUUUAUGUGCCUCACUUGAAAGGAAGGGAAUCACAACUUUCAGGGAUGACAAGGACCUUGAGAGAGGUCAAGUUAUCUCUCUUGAACUUCUCAGAGCAAUUCAAGAGUCUAUGUUCGCGGUAGUUGUUCUCUCGCCAAACUAUGCUUCCUCUGCUUGGUGUUUGGAUGAGCUUCAAAAGAUUGUUGAGUGCAAACACAACCUGGGGCUACAGAUUGUGCCUGUCUUCUAUGGUGUUGAGCCCUCUGAUGUGAGGCACCAAAAAGGAACAUUUGCUGAAGCUUUCAGAAAACAUGAACACAGAUUUGGAGAAGGCAGUGACAAGGUUAGAAGGUGGAGAGAUGCUUUCACACAAAUUGCUAGUUAUUCUGGUUGGGAUUCCAAAUAUCAGGAUAUGGGGCAUGGGUGGCAUAGGUAAGACAACUAUAGCUAGAGCAGUAUAUGAAGGCAUCCGAGGUGAAUUCAAAGUUUGUUGCUUCAUGCGUAAUGUUAGAGAGUUGUCUGCAAAAAAUGGUUUUGUUCAGUUGCAAA